AUGAAAUUUAAACACAUAUAAAUGUGUAAGUGACAGCCUAGAUGUUGAAUAUUGCAUCGAUAAUCCCAGACGAAAUCGUCGCAACAGACUUGAGUAAAUUAUAACUUUAUCUUCACUAACUUAUGUAAACUCUGUAAUGGCUAGUUAGUUUUAAGUAAAGAAGCGUAAAGAAACAUUCACUAGAAUUUUGCGCAACUGAAAUAGGACUUUAUUUUUAAUCAGUCCGAAGUCUGUGAUAAAUGAACAAGAGUGUUCAGAUGUCUGCCAGCUCUAGCAAGAGCAGCGGGGUAGUCGAGUUCGUUCCCUUGGAGAUUUUCGUCACCAACGAGCAGCGACGGGUGGCUGAAAUCAUCGUUGACUUCACCUUCAGUUUCAUGGUGUCCUACCUCGGCAUCGUCACCAACGCCAUCGUCAUCGCCGUGUUCACCAAGCAAGGGUUCAAGGACAGCGUGGCGGUCUCCAUGACAGUCAUAGCCGUCUGGGAUUUUCUCAAAUGCAUCGGCGGUGCCGCCCAGCGCAUGUCCGGUCCGAUCGGGCUGACCUCCCUCGUGGCAGCCAAAAGUUGGACCAACAUCUCCGCGACGGCUUUCAACUACUUCAUAUCGUUCUCCACGUACGUGUCCAGCGUGCUGGCGGCGUACGUCGCGGUGGAGCGCUGCCUGUGCGUCAGCAUGCCGUUCAGAGUCAAGGACCUCAUCACGCCCAGAGUUGCGCUUUUCUUCUGCCUGCUCAUCUCUUUCAUCGUCUUCGGCUGCUUCAUGGUCAUGUUCUUCGUCUACGACAUCGUGUGGGUCUACAGCGAUCAGUACAACGCCACCAUCGCCGUCUACGUGAACAACAACUUCUUUAAGAGUGUCUCCGGUCCGCUGUUUCAGUAUUAUAACCUGGCGGGGAUCAUCUGGCCGACGUCCAGUCUGGGCAUCAUCGUGGGCUCAACCGCCAUCAUCGCGUACCACCUGCGGAAAUCGACGAAGUUCCGGUCAAGUAUGACCGGCGCUCUAUCCGGAACGGGAAAUAUGGACGCCUGCAUAGGUCAGACAUUGGGUGUAAGAUUUUCAAACUCUUAAACACAUUUUUUUGGGGGUAAACUUUGAAUUAUCCUUGAAAUGUUUGACUCUCUAAAAAAAAAUAAAGAAAUAAUAUCUUGACAUCUUUAUAGAUCUAUUUUUUUAGUACAAAGCAUACACUGCAAGCCAAUGGGUAUCUGUUACGAUUAACGUAUUUGCCUUAUAAUCAUCAUCAGUGGCGCUACAGCCCAUGUAGGGCCCAUGGCCUGCUCCACCGCAUCUUUCCAUUCGGAUCGAUGCAUGGCCUUCUGCCUUCAUGUGCGAGCCCCCAACUGUUUCAUGUCCUUCUCUACAUCGUCGAUCCGUGUCAGUCGACUGGUGACUCAUAAUAGAUAAAUAUUAUAUAAAUUCUCCAUCAAUGAGACUCUUGAGCUCAUUGGAGCUCCUAAUUUGAUUAGGUGGAUCUGGUAUAAAAUAAAGCUGUCACCAAUCUGACCCAAAUAAAUGACCCACUUUUAAACUCUUAGAGAUGGCCCAGUUUCAACCGACCCUUCUUAGAGUUGACCCAGUUUCAAACCGACCCUUCUCAGAGAUGACCCAGUUUCAAACCAACCCUUCCUAGAUAUGACCCAGUUUCAAACCGACCCUUCUUAGAGAUGACCCAGUUUCAAAAUGACUUUUCAAACUUUUUAAGCGUGAAGAAUUUUCAUGAUAUAUAGAUAAAAAAACAACAAAAAAUAAUAAUACUCUGUUGGUUUCAGAACACGGGCCAAAGGUCAAAGAGUCCAAACUAUCCCAGCGGGACAGGCAGGUUGUCAAGAUGCUCCUGGUUGUGAUCGGUGUCAACGUCCUGACGCUGACCCCGAGAAUCAUCCACUACACGGUCAAGUACUUCGUCUACGAGUUCUACUUCCUGAGGCUGUACCACAACCUCUUCAUCUGCUUCACGUACUUCCUGGCCGCCCUUGACCUCACCAACGCGGCCGUCCCACUUUUCAUCUUCUACCCGAUGAGCACGGCGUUCAGAGUUACGUUCUGGGGAUUAUUUGGUUGCACUGCGAUUAAAGAAACAAGAGUCAGCAGUGCGUCGCCUGACAUGAAAAUAACGAAACGCUUGUAACAUCCCUCUCCUGGCCACAAUAAUUUCUUUUCACCAAAUUCAGCACCCAUUAUGUGCUCGCUUAUGCAAAUUUCAAACGUUUAAAUGUAUUUUCUACUCAACAAAGCACAUAAAACUACAUUUUGCC